ACUGAGGGCUGAGCCAAUGGGGCGCCCGUGGUGUGUUGUGGUGGCGGGUGAGGACCAUGACGUCACCGCCACCACGGCCAAUGAUAUUCGAAGGUGGCAACGGACUGUGAUGGACGCGGGUCUCCCUGGGAACCAUGCCGAGUGCCAGCCGAGUGGGUGUCAACCUCCGCGCCUCAGCGUAUUUGCACCAAGGUGACAGGAAGUAUAUGGAAGAUGAGUUCCAGGUGGCCUACCAGAGGACCCACGACAAGAAGGAUAUCGAGUAUGCUUUCUUCGGAAUCUUCGAUGGCCACGGCGGGAAGGAGGCCGCGCACUUUGCGAAGGAUAAUCUGAUGGACAACAUUGUGAGCCUACGUGCAUUUUGGUCUGACGAUGACGAGGACGUGCUUGCAGCCAUCAAGGAAGGCUUCCUGCAGACUCAUAUGGCCAUGUGGAAGGUUCUGGAUCAAUGGCCCAGGACAGCAUCUGGAUGGCCUAGCACUAGUGGCACUACUGCCAGUGUGGCCUUUAUCCGUCGUCAGAAAAUCUACAUUGGUCAUGUUGGUGACUCUGGGAUAGUGCUUGGCUAUGAAGAUCAAGGUGAGUGGCAUGGAGAGGCACUCACCAGGGACCACAAACCUGAGAGUGUGGUUGAGAAGGCACGCAUCACAGAAUGUGGGGGCAAAGUCAUCAACAAGUCUGGUGUGCCACGAGUGGUGUGGAAUAGACCAAAGUCAGGGCACCAAGGUCCUGUUCGGAGAUCCACACCUAUGGAUGAAAUACCCUUCCUAGCUGUAGCUCGUUCCUUGGGAGACCUUUGGAGCUAUAAUGCCACCAAUGAUCAGUUCGUUGUGUCCCCGGAGCCUGAUGUUUGUGUGAUGCCCAUUGACAUCAGCCGACAUCGGUGCCUCAUCUUUGGCACUGAUGGAUUGUGGAAUGUACUGACCCCAGAUGCUGCUGUCAGUGUGGCACAUCAAGCAGAGCGUAAUAAUGAGAAGCAUUAUCUUGGUGUUCCCAACUCAAGUGGCAAGCAACGACUCUGGGUAAACCCUUCAAGGUCAGUGGUGUCUGGGGCCCUGGGUCGCUACCUCAAGUUAAACCUUCGUGCAGAUAAUACCAGUGCUGUCACAGUCUUUCUUGAUCCCCCAGGACGACCAAAAAGAGAGGUGUUGCUGCAGCAGAAGGGGAUGAAGAAAGGAUCAGCAGUUAAGCCCACAGUCAAAGCACCAGAAGAUGCCUUGGUUCAGGUUCACAUGUAUAACCAAAACCAGGUCACCAAACAAGAGGGUAACCGGGGCGUGUUACGCAUCAAGGAGUGCCAGCCACAGAAAUGGCAAACGAGUCCCCAAGAUGACAUGUCAAGACCACCUCUAACCCCUCCAGGAUGCAGUGAUCAGGGCAUGACCAGAUUAGGAUGUUCAGAGUGUGGUUAUGGGAGUGCACAUUCAGUUCCUAGCACUUCAGGGGACAGCACCCCAGACCUUAGUGGUGAGAGUGCAGACUCAAGGUUGGUUGCUCCAGUUCCAAAUGAUGUUAGAUCAGUAACACCACCUUUCCCAGAUUGUGUACCCAAUUUCAUUCCUGUUAGUGAAAUGGAAGAAAGACCUCACAGUAAAAUGGAAAGUAUACCAGACAGUAGAUCAGAAAACAGAUUAGAAGACAGUUCAGAAAACCAGUCCCCAAAUGCUCCUGAAACCACAUCUGAAAAUGCAGCAGACAUGAGAAGGGUAAUGAAACCAUUGAGAGAUGAUAUCCAAAUCCCAGUAAUAUCUAGCAGCACCAUUAGUCCUGGAAAUAAGUUAAGUGGUAAAGUUAAGGGAGUGUCAACAGUAGCUCCUCAAGAGAAGGGGGAAGCCAGAAGGAGAACACGGUCUAAUGUGCAUCAAACAGGGCAUGUGGCAGAGAGUGAGAACAUGGAACAGAAUCCAAGACCUCCAAAUAACAACAAUGAGUGGACUGACCAGCAUGGGGAGGAGAAGGCUGGCACCAGCUCUAAAGGAAAGAAUUCGAAAGGGAAUACUAGUUUGUUAUCAGCAAAUCGUGUUUUGAAGUCUGUGAACCGUGGCACACCUGAAGUAGUGGGUCGUACCUCUGCAAAGACGGUGGUGGCCUCUAAGCGCAAAAGAAACUCGGAUUUGGAGGCUGUACCAGUUGGAGAACCUAUGUCAAAGUCUGCUAGAGUCCACACUAGGUCUCACACUUGGAGUCAUAAAUCCAUGAUUACCAGAAGUCAAGAAAAGACUCAUAACACUCCAACCAGAACGUUUACAGCCCAUAAAAAGUGAGAUUUCCCACUAAAUUUACUUGAGAAUUCUCCUAUAUUUUUCUCUAAAAAGUUGUUGAUCUCAUGAAAUUAAAAAUGGUGCAGUGGAGUUCAAUUUGUGUGAGGUGCUAAACUGUUGCCUGAUCUAAAAUAAUGACUAAUGAGACUUGAUCAUUAUGUUUUGUUGCAUUUCUUAUUGGGAGAAUGGUUUCUUAGGAGUGUAUAGAGUGCUGGCCAGUUGUGUGCAGGACUUGACAUCUCUUACAUUCAUACUUACGGUGAAGUUUUCCUGGAGUGGUUGUGGAGUGCCUUGAUGGAGGAGCCAGUGUGAGUGUGAAUAGUACAAGUUCUUAUGACAGAGUUGGAUCAACCUGUUGUUACUUUCUUAUGAACACAAGUCUAGAGAGUGUAGAAUUAUUUUUAUAUGUACAGUAGUUUUACUGAAGUCAGUAAUCAGUUUUAAUCUAAAUAUUAUGAAUGUUUAAUUUUAUGCUUCAAUUUCCCAAACAAAACAUUUUAUGAAAUUAUAUUUAAUUUUCAGUCCUCAAAGUGGUAUGCCCGGUUGUUACAAAUCAUCUGUCAGUCUAUAUUCCAGGCCAAUGUUCUUGAAAGGGGCAUAAAUCAUACAGUAUAUUUAUUUAUUUGCAUUGAUCUACCUCUCAAGUUUGUGGUAGUAGUAUUUUAAGUUCUUAUUAUUUUUAAAUAAUAGAACUCCCUUGAAGUCAACACUACUAAGUAAUUAAGCAUGAUGGAAAAGUAAUAUUUUAUAUAAAGAAAUAUUUAUUUAUUGAAAACCCAGCUUUUUUAAAUUUUAAAGUAACUUAAUACUUUUAGGAUAAAGAUGGAAAUUGUUCAAGUACCCAUAAAGUUCAGAAUGCAAUUGAUAUGUAAGAAUGAUUAGUCUCUCUCUCUCUCUCUCUCUCUCUCUCUCUCUCUCUCUCUCUCUCUCUCUCUCUCUCUCUCUCUCUCUCUCUCUCUCUCUCUCUCUCUCUCUCUCUCUCUCUCUCUCUCUCUCUCUCUCUCUCUCUCUCUCAAUUUAUAUGCAGUGGAAAUUUAUUUCUAAUGAGAUGUCAUGCAUGCAAAAAAGGGUUUAUGGUAAUUUAAUUUUAGAUUAUAUAGGUUUCAUCUUAAAAUUUCAGUUUAUUUUUAGCUCAGGAUUUUUCAUGUGUCUAGAUGUAUAAUUUGUAAUGAACUAACAAAAGUAAGUACAAUUUACAUUACCAGGGGUCUUGAAGAUAUAUAAUUGUGAUAAAUUGUGAUCAGGAUGAAUUUUAAAUGUUUCCAAAAAGCUUUCAAAACUAUGUAUUAUGAAAUAAUUGUACAGUGGUAACUCCAGGGUGUAAAUAUAAUGUAAAUAAUUGAUUGAUACUCUUAAUUGUU